AACACUUAAAUUUAGAAGAGAAAAUGGAAGAGAGUUCCCCAAUCCUGUCAGGUAUCGCAGUUGUUGCAGUUACAGUUGUGGCAAUUAUAUCAAUGAAAGUGGUGAGGUGGCUUUGGUUAAGGCCUAAGAUGUAUGAGAAGUUCUUAAAAGAUCAAGGAUACCAUGCAAAUUCAUACAGGAUCCUACGCGGUGACAUGCUUGACUUUGCAGCGAUGGCCCAGGAGAAUAGGCCUAAGCAGAUCAAAUUGGCUGACAAUGUCUCUUUCCAUGCUUUACCUUACAUCCAUAGCAUCAUCAAGAAAUAUGGUAAAAGGGCAUUUAUUUGGUUUGGACCAACACCAAGCAUACAAGUGAUCGAUCCUGAGCAAAUUAGGGAAAUUAUGUCUAAGCCAAGUAUAUUCCACAAGAUGCACCCCAACCCGCUUGGUGAUAUGAUCCUUGGUGGCCUCAUUAGCUCUGAGGAUGCUAAAUGGUCCAGGGAUAGAAAAAUAAUGAACCCUGCCUUCCACUUGGAAAAGCUAAAGAGAAUGCUUCCAGCAAUUCAUCAGAGUUGUGAUGAGAUGAUCAGGAAAUGGGAAACACUAGUUUUAAAGGUGGGGUCAGCAGAAAUAGAUGUAUGGCCUAGUCUUGAAGAUCUGUCUGGUGAUGUGAUCUCUCGAACAGCAUUUGGCAGUAAUUAUGAAGAAGGAAGAAGAAUCUUUAUUCUUCAGAAGGAACAAGUUGAACUCACUCUUCAACUUAUGAAGUUUGUUGUCUUUCCCGGUUGGAGGUAUCUUCCUAUUAAAGCGAACAAGAGAAUGAAUGCAAUCUGCAGAGAAAUACAAAUACUUCUAAGGGGUAUCAUCAGCAAACGACAGAAGGCAAUGGAAGUGGGAGAAGUUGAAAAUGAUGACUUGUUGGGUAUUCUCUUAAAAUCUAAUUCUGAGGAAAUCCAAGAAAGUGGAAUUGGGAUGAACAUUGAAGAGGUGAUGAAAGAGUGCAAGCUAUUUUAUUUCGCUGGCUCGGAAACAACCUCAAAUUUGCUAGUUUGGACUUUAAUUAUGUUGAGCACACAUCCUGAAUGGCAAACUCGAGCAAGAGAAGAAGUUUUACAAGCUUUUGGCAGCAAAAAACCUGAUUUUGACGGACUAAACCAUCUCAAAAUAGUAACAAUGGUUCUACAAGAAGUUUUAAGAUUAUAUCCACCUGCAUCAAUGCUUACCCGGUCAGUCCCAAAAGAUGCAAAACUAGGUAACAUUAGUCUUCCAGCCGGGAUAAUAUUUACCAUUCCAGUAAUCUUACUUCACCAUGAUCCGGAAAUAUGGGGAAAGGAUUCUAAUGAAUUCAAACCAGAGAGGUUUUCUGAAGGAAUUUCAAGCGCAACAAAAGGAAAAUUCUCUUACAUUCCAUUUGGAGGAGGUCCCCGUAUAUGCAUUGGGCAAAAUUUCGCCCUGGUUGAAGCCAAGAUGGCACUGAGUAUGAUGUUACAAAGGUUUCAGUUCCAACUUUCUCCAUCUUAUGUGCAUGCACCUUUCCCUAUUUUAACUCUUCAACCUCAGCAUGGAGCGCCAUUGAUUCUGCGACGGCUUUAGCAUGCU